GGCCGGCGGCAUGGCCGUGUCCUGGAGGAGCUGGCUGGCCAACGAAGGGGUUAAACACCUCUGCCUGCUUGUCUGGCUCUCCCUGAAUGUCCUGCUUUUCUGGAAAACCUUUCUGCUGUAUAACCAAGGGCCGGAGUAUCACUACCUCCACCAGAUGCUGGGGCUAGGAUUGUGUCUAAGCAGAGCCUCUGCAUCUGUUCUUAACCUCAACUGCAGCCUUAUCCUCUUACCCGUGUGCCGCACGCUCCUGGCUUACCUUCGAGGAUCGCAGAAGGUUCCAAGCCGGAGAACCAGAAGAUUGUUGGAUAAAAGCAGAACAUUCCACAUAACCUGUGGUGUGACUAUCUGUAUUUUCUCAGGUGUGCACGUGGCCGCCCACCUGGUUAAUGCCCUCAACUUCUCAGUGAACUACCGUGAGGAUUUUGUCGAACUGAACGCAGCAAGAUACCGAGAGGAGGAUCCUAGAAAACUGCUCUUCACAACUGUUCCUGGCCUGACAGGAGUCUGCAUGGUACUGGUGCUGUUCUUGAUGAUUACAGCUUCAACAUAUGCGAUACGAGUUUCUAACUAUGACAUCUUCUGGUAUACUCAUAAUCUCUUCUUUGUCUUCUACAUGUUGCUGAUGUUACAUGUAUCAGGAGGGCUGCUGAAGUAUCAGACAAAUUUAGAUACCCACCCUCCUGGCUGCAUGAAUCUUAAUGGAACCCACUACCAGAAUACUCAUUUACCAGAGCAUUUCUCAGAACAUUUUCAUGACUCUUCUCCUGGAGGAUUUUCAAAGUCUGAUGAACUUACCCAGAACACGUUUGUGAAGAUUUGUAUGGAAAAGCCCAGGUUCCAAGCUAAUUUUCCACAGACCUGGCUUUGGAUUUCUGGACCUUUGUGCCUAUAUUGUGCUGAAAGGCUUUACAGGUGUAUCCGGAGCAAUAAGCCAGUCACCAUCAUCUCAGUCACAAGUCAUCCAUCAGAUGUCAUGGAAAUCCGAAUGGUCAAAGAAAAUUUUAAAGCAAGACCUGGCCAGUACAUUAUUCUACAUUGUCCCAGUGUGUCUGCAUUAGAAAACCAUCCAUUUACUCUCACAAUGUGUCCUACUGAAACCAAAGCAACAUUUGGGGUCCACCUUAAGAUAGUAGGAGACUGGACAGAACGAUUUCGAGACUUACUACUUCCACCAUCUAGUCAAGACUCCGAGAUUCUGCCCUUCAUUCAAUCUAGAAAUUAUCCCAAGCUAUAUAUUGAUGGUCCCUUUGGAAGUCCGUUUGAAGAGUCACUGAACUAUGAGGUUAGCCUCUGCGUGGCUGGAGGCAUUGGAGUCACUCCGUUUGCAUCAAUCCUCAACACUCUGCUGGAUGACUGGAAACCAUACAAGCUUAGAAGAUUGUAUUUUAUUUGGGUAUGCAGAGAUAUCCAGUCCUUCUGCUGGUUUGCAGACUUGCUCUGUGUGUUGUAUAACAAGUUUUGGCAAGAGAACAGACCUGAUUAUGUCAACAUUCAGCUGUACCUCAGUCAGACAGAUGGGAUACAGAAGAUAAUUGGAGAAAAAUAUCAAGCACUGAAUUCAAGACUUUUUAUUGGACGUCCUCGGUGGAAACUUCUGUUUGAUGAAAUAGCAAAAUGUAACAGAGGGAAAACAGUUGGUGUUUUUUGCUGUGGACCCAAUUCGAUUUCUAAGACUCUUCAUAAGCUGAGUAAUCAAAACAAUUCCUAUGGGACAAGAUUUGAGUACAAUAAAGAAUCUUUCAGUUGAAAAACCUCUGAGAUGAACAAGGACUCUAAAGAAGGAAUGAGUGCAAUUUCUAAGGCUUUGAAAUGCAGCUGAAUCAAACAGCUGUGUCAUGCCAAACAGUAGCAAGGUUUUCUUAUUUAUGAUUAUUUAAAAUGGAAAUGCGGAGAGAAUGUGGCAGGAUGACAGGUCACAUUACAUGUUUAAUCUGGAAACCAAAGAGGCCCUGAAGGAUAUCUGAUGUGAUUAUUCACUUUUCACUGCUCAGAUUAAAAGAAAACUAUUAGGUGCACACUGUUGAUUUUUAUGGCAGAUUCAAGAGCUCCCUAGUGAGGAGUUGCACUUGCUCAUUGUGAGGCUGGUAGCCUUGGUUCUCUUUUAAAUUGUUUUUGGUUGAACAAAUGCAAGAUUGAACAAAAUUAAAAAUGCUUUGAAACUCAGAUUACAUUUUCUACAUGAGUAUAAACAGAGAAGCAUUGAUUUAGAAAAGCUCCAGGCCAAUAUAUUAGGUGUCUGAAAAUACAGCACAGGAUUCUGAGUUGAUACGGGUACUUUGUGUUGCUUGCUCACUACUGAUGCUAAUACCUCUACUUGAUAUCUUUAGGCUUUAUGCUCAAUGAACCUUUUGCAGAUGCUGAUAUAAUACCUAUUGAUUUUUUAAAAUAUUUUUCUUUCAUCUUUGUUCCUUUGUCUAGGGAAAUCUGCCCUCCCUUGUCAUGUGUUAGACACGAUGAUUUGAUCACUCCAUUCCAUUCCCAAUUUAUUUAAUCUAUCACUAUUGCAUUUUAAUGAGGAAAUGUCAUUAAUGUAAAUUAUAAAGGGACGUACAGACUGAUAACUUUUUUUCCUUUUUCAGC